ACCUACCAUAACGCAGAUUACAACAAAGGGAGACCAACUUUUCUUCUUCGAACGCCUAGGAUCAGCAUGUUCAUCAGUAUUGGGAGAAAGUUCAAUUUAUCAGUCUGUGGGUUCAGUUCGAAAACGCCGGUUAUUCCAGUCGAUUGUCUACUUACUAUUACUCGAGACCAAGUUCAUGUUUUAACUAGUUCGUGCUAAUACAAUACACAUGUGGUGCUAUUUUAUUCGUGCUAAACUAUAAUGAAAUGAUAUUUAUUCGCGGUUUGCCGGUUUAGUUUUUAUUCGAUAUUUUAGAUUUUUUAUGGUGUUUUUUAAGAUAAUUUUAUCUAUGUGUGGUGAUUAAUUGAAAAUGAAUUUCCGGAGACGUAUCGUCGCCUGUGAAGUAUGGAAAAUUGUGGUCACUUCGCUGAUAUACUUUUGCAAUAUAACCAAGUGUUCGAUACCUUGUGAGCUAUCUUAUGGAGGAUGUAAACAGCAACAACAACAGCACCCACAGCAACAUCACUACGUAGCUUCGUAUUUUUCUCAGCCUAUGAUGUAUAACUAUAAACAUACACCACCGACUUUUGUACCUUCACCUCCCGGAAAGAUACCGCAAUGCGCGAGACCUGGACUUACAUUCUGUGAGAAGAUUGACCGAUAUCCUGUUGACUUGAUUUCGACACUUGCUGCCAAAACGAAUUACAAUUUUAAAACUCUGUUCGCCAACGAGGGUUCGACUAGUCGCAAAGUAGAAACUCACACAACACUUCGAUUCAACAAUGAAAAUGCGCAUUAUCCUUUGCCAAAUGGUCAAGUUCACGCCACCUUCAACCCAUUAAAUAAUUUUAAUCAGAGCAGCCAGCAAGAAGGAUACCCCGACCGGCAGUACCCAUUUGACGAAGCAAGCGCUCAUUUAGUGGAUCCAGUGUUAUACUCUUCGUUCCGCGAAUCCAGCCCGUACAACCCUAGCGAUUGGUGGAAAAGAAGUGAAAGAUCGGAUAGUAAAACUGAUGGUAAACGAAAACGAAGACAAAUACCACCAGCUGGAAUAGAACUAUGCCCGACGAGAUCUCAAUUUGUAAUGCCACGAGCCGCAGUCAACGCCCGCGGGGAAUGGAAGUACGUGGUAAACGUCGAUCAGGGUCCUGAAAAAUACACCCAACUGGUCAGAAGUGAAAUCUGCGUGAGCGAAACGUGUAACGGAAUCUGUUCUUUGCCGAAUGGUUAUACAUCCCGUUGCGAACAGAAGUACGUUAUGAAGCGGUUAGUCGCAUUGGAAGGAACAGGUAGUCAUCUCUACACCGAUAUAUUCUGGUUCCCGCAUUGCUGCGUGUGUCAAAUUCAACCCGAUAUUAGAUAAAUUGUACGCAUCGAUCAAGUGCCCAUAUAUUUAAUGAUUUAUUUUUUUUAAAGAUUGUAUUAAUGUAUUUUAUACCUACGUACUAUUUUGUUUUUGUGUACUUGUAUCUUGUAUGCGUCUCAGGCACUAAUAUGACAUUUUUUUUUGUUGUUUAACCUGCCAAUUUUAUAUACUUACCUACCAAUUACCAUUUUGUAUUUAAUUAAUUAGACGAUUUUGUUUUAUAUUUUAAUCGGAUAUUGUAAAAUGAGCUAUUUUAUUUCUACGUGUGUUUGUUUGAUUUUGAUUUUUAAUGUAAAAAUGAACUUUUUUUUAUAAAUAGUAUUUUAAUAUAGCACAACGACCAAUUUAAAAAUUUAAAAUUGAAUAGUUGCCUUAGUUGGUCUUAUGAUAUGUAAUAUUCGACGUAUUUAGUCAAGCAGAUUUGUUUUUUAAUGAGUAAAAAUAUAGACAUCAGACAUCUUGA